AUGUCGGCUGCAAACAAACGAUAUUCGCAUAGCUUCUCACAGACCGCCGACACCCCUUCCAUUUCUCAACUGGAGCACAACCAUGCUACCUCGUCCGCCCGUGCCGAUCAGGCAGUAAGCACGUCUGAUGGUCUUUUCGAUGAUCCUACAUACCCUGCUGUCGCCCCUACUGAGCUUCUCCCACCUCCCGACUUCCGCCCAUUCUUUACCCUGAUCGAAGACCCGGACACUGGCGAACAUCAUCACCCCUCUGUACAUUACAUAUUCUCAGACGACAAUCCCGACUUUGUGACAUCUACCAUCGUAGAGGGAAUAGACCAAGAGCAAGCCGAUACGUCUUCGGACCAACCACCCGUCACUAACCGCGAGCGCAUGAUACUACUUGACAUAGCACCAGACGGAAAGACUGUCAGCGAAGCUCAAAGUCUAAGUCCACACUGGCAAAUUCUCAAUACUACUGUUGGCCAAGCUCCAUCAUGGGCAGAUGAAGUGUCAAGAAAAGAUAUACCAGGGCUAAUGCUCAACAUACAAGGCAUGGAAAGCCACAAGCUGAAGGUACAAUCAAGCCGCCGCAGAAACUCGCAGGAAGAUACCAUGGCUCGCGUCGAAGCAAUGAUCGGCGGCUAUACCGAAUGUCUGACGACCUUGGAAAGACUAGUCAAGAAGGGCGUCUUUCAGGAAGAAGAAGAUACUGAGGCGACCCAGACAGAAACUACCACAGAGACAGAGGAGGUUCAAAAAGACAAGGACUGA